UAGCGAAUAACUAGCAGCAGUGUGUGUGAAUGUGGCAACCGAGGUAGACAGGGAGGGGUAGAUAGACUGACCAGAAGGUUUUUGUCUUUUUCCUUUUCUUUUUCUUUUCCCACAGAGCCCGGUGUGCACUCUUUAUGUGACACCGCGGCUGCACACUUGUCUGUGGACGUGAACGCCCGGCCGCCGCGGCUUUUCUUUGGGACGAAUCGUUACCGUUGUGGAAAACAGCCCAGAAGAAAGAAGGAAAGGGAGAAACAACAUGGGGCGAUAAUAAAAAAAAAAGGUGUUGUGUUAUGAACCGACGAUGAGUCUCUGGGAAGAUCCGUGAAGCUUAUUUAUUUUUAUUUAUUCCCCCCUUUUCCCUUGUGUCCCUUUUUUGUUUUAUUUUUUCUUCUCCUCCCUUGCUACUUUGGGAGGCUGAUAUAUAUAUUUUUUACAAAAAGGAAAAGGCAACGGGAUACGUUACAAGAGGACUGAAGGAUGGACCAAGCCGGCAUCCUGAGAAAGUUUAUCCAGGGGGUGAAGGCCAUGAGCGAGGGGGACGAGGAGAGGGGAGAGGACAACUUCGGCAGCGACUUCAUGCGGUUACGACGGUUGUCGACGAAAUAUCGGACGGAGAAGAUCUACCCCACCAACGUAGGAGAGAAGGAGGAGAAUGUCAAGAAGAACCGAUAUAAAGAUAUACUGCCAUUUGAUCACACCAGGGUGAAGCUGACGCUGAAAACGACCAAUCAGGACACAGAUUACGUAAACGCUAACUUCAUCAAGGGUAUGGACGGCCCAGAGGCCUACAUUGCAACUCAGGGCCCGCUGCAGAACACUGUCAUCGACUUCUGGAGGAUGAACUGGGAGUACAACGUAGCUGUUAUUGUGAUGGCUUGUCGAGAGUUUGAGAUGGGAAGGAAAAAGUGUGAGCGGUAUUUCCCGCUGCACGGGGAGGAGCCAAUGAGUUUUGGCCCUUUCAGAAUCUCCUGUGAAUCGGAGCAGACCAGAACAGACUACUUUCUCCGGACUCUGACGGUGGAGAAUGAGAAUGAAACAAGGAGGAUAACACAGUUCCACUACAUGAACUGGCCCGACCACGACGUCCCCUCGUCCUUUGACUCCAUACUGGAUAUGAUCGCACUAAUGAGAGAAUACCAAGAGAACGACGACAUCCCUAUAUGUGUGCACUGCAGUGCCGGCUGUGGGAGGACGGGCGCUAUCUGUGCUAUCGACUACACGUGGAACCUCCUCAAAGCUGGGAAAAUACCAGAAGAUUUUAAUGUUUUCCGGUUGAUCCAAGAGAUGAGGACGCAACGACACUCCGCUGUACAGACCAAGGAACAGUACGAGUUAGUUCACAGAGCCAUCGCCCAGCUCUUUGAGAAACAACUGCAGCUACUGGAGAGCCCCACCAACACGAAGAUACAAGAGGGCAUGAACGAGAGCAGUCCAGAUAAAGCAGCCCGGCAGUCGGAUGACGAGAGAUGGGACACCCCUCCUCCCAAACCUCCCCGCGUACGCAGUUCGCAGGCAGAAGGUGAUGUGAAGGAGGAGAUCCUCCAGCCCCCGGAGCCUCACCCCGUGCCCCCCAUUCUCACCCCGUCUCCACCUUCAGCCUUCCCCACCGUCACCAACGUGCGGCAGGACAACGACCGCUACCACCCCAAACCUGUCAUACACGUCCUGGAUACCACACAGAAUAAAGACGCGGACCAGCAGCAGAACCAGUCAGAACCCAGUCCCAACAAUCAGACCAGUUCUGCAGAGCAGAAAGACCCAGAUCUACUAAGUCAAAAGCAGCAGACUCAGGUCUCAAACCUGGACCUCAACGACAACUACAACAACAAAUCGACAUCGACGAAAUCCGAAUCGGGCCAAAGCCAGACUCAGACUCCCUCCUCGCCCCUCUCUCCGGCUGUUGAAUGUUCCGGGGCCCCUCGGAUCGAGAGGAAGCUGAGCAUUGAGAUUAAAAAGGUGCCGUUGCAGGAGGGACCUCGUAGUUUUGACACUUCCUCCUCCGUCGUAGUAGCGGGCGGAGUGGGCAGCAGUUCCCCCAACAGCGCAACAGCGCUGCAGAGAACCCACGCCUUCAAAGCCCGCUCCGGCCAAUCCCUGCUGACGUCUAGCUCCUCGCUGUCGGAGGACUCGGGCACGGAGGGGGGAGCGGGAGGGUGUGGGGAGAGUCUUGCAGACGUGGUCGUCCUAGCCAGACCGAACCACCUCCCCGUGAUGAGCGAGAAGGGGGAGACGCACGGAGGGGAGAGAGUGGAGGUGAAGGCCGGCCAAGCGGCGUGGGCUCAGGCCUGCAGCAGCCCCGAAAAACAUUUCCCCAAAACCUCCUCCUCGUCGUCCUCCUCGGACCGCGUCGCCCCAUCCUCGUCCUCCUCCUCCCACCUCUCCUCCUCCUCGUCGUCCUCCUCCUCGACACCCGUUAGGACUGCCCUGAGUUUCACCAACCCCCUGCACUCGGAUAAUUCGGACGAGCAGGGGGACGGAGAGAUGACCGGAGGAAAGGAGGGUUGUCGUACUAAUGUCUCCACCGCAACGGCCAUGGUUACAUCGUCUCACCACGCAGACCAGCAGCCGGAGCGGAAGGUGUCGCCCAUGUCCAUCGCAGGGCAGAGCUCUGCAAACCCUCUGGAAGUGAAACCGUCGGCCUCGGCUGAAUGGAGCGGUUCAAAUAAAGACGUGUCAGAGUGUGUUAAGAAGACAUCUCCAGCUGACCCUGCAUCUGCUGGCACCACAGCAACAGACAGCAAGGCAGACCUGGGUGGGGUUCGGUAACCGCUGCAUUCAGCCCAAAGGCCCUCGGGAACCCCCUCUGGAGUGGACAUGAUGGGACGGUCCGUCUGCCCGUCCACACAACGGUGUCCUCCCUUGUCGAGAGAUGGAACGCUACCGAUCUCACCUGGCUGGUCCAAAAAAAAAAAAAAAAAAAAAAAACCUAGUUGAUAGAUGCUACACAGACAGACAGCACAGAGUUAUACAGAAACGCCUUCUGUGUAACUCUGUGCAACACCUCCUCCUCCUCCUCAGUCCUUCCUUCAACGUGACAUUGUGCAAAGCAGAUGAACACUUACUGGUCAAGUGGCUCGUCCACGUUUUCCUGCUCCGCUUGCUGAUGUUUUAGGUUUUCACUUCUCUAGAUGCUGGUUUCCUGUUAACGGUUAAAGAAUAAUUCCUGUUUUGGUGACUUGAGUUAAAAAAAGAAAACGUAUUGCUUUUCUCUCGCGCUUUAGACGCAUCAAAAAAAUGUGUGUGGCAAAAUGAAGAGGGACCCUUACAUGUUCGAUAGAAAUUGUCUUUCACGCUAAAUGAGGGGGAAAAAAAACACGUUUUUUUCAUCAUAAAUCAGGAAUUAUCUUUAAUCGGAAAAGCUACUGUGGGAAGCUGAUUCCUGGGGUUUGACUGAACUCCCGUCAGGUGUCUGCUUCCUUCUUCUGAAUGAACAACAAUCUUCAAAGCAAGCCUAGAUAAUCUAUUACCCAUGAUGCAACCUUUUCUGUUGGGUAUGUACAGGUUGCCAGGGUGCCCCCCCCCCCUCUCUUUCAGUGUGCUGGUGCUACAUUACAAAGGCUCAGCUUAGAAACGGAGGCACUAAAGCUGAAUGUUAACAACCUAUUACCUGUUCCUCACUUCCGUUGUGGUUUCCUGUAGGAUUUAUUCCUGUAUUAGCUGCAGUGACUUCAGCUCUAGUACUUUGUAUUUCUAUGCUGACCUCGCUGAUUACCAGAGACAUAGGUUGACGUAGUUUGGUCAUUGCGGUAGUCAGCUGGCUCCUUUUAAACUGGCUGUUAACGGAAUUGUUUUCCGCGUAUUUGGCGUUCCUGCCGAGUGUUUGUUGAGACGUUUUAUCCCACUCUCAUGUCUGUGUGUGUGUGUGUGUGGAGCUGCUUAGCUUAGCAUUUAGACUUGACACUUGUACAUUUUUGUUUUUACACUUCCGUUUUUUUUGCACUUAUAAAAUAAAUAACAUGUGAAGCAUUAAUUAGUGAGUUGUGGAAGUGUGGGUCGUCAGACUUUAGGAACUCUGAACUCAGCCGGGCUAGCCUUUUCCCUCCAGUUUCCAGUCUUUAUGCUAAGCUAAGCUAACCGGCUGCAAGCCUGUUUCUCAAAAUGUCGAACUGUUAGUUUGAAUAUCUGCUAAUUGUGAAAUCAUCGUGUUGACGUCUUAGACAACAAAGCUGAAUGCAGAGACGCUGCCAACUGAAACCUCGGAGUUCUGUGACCGGUGAUUCGUCACACUUCAUGCAUGAUUUGCAAAAAGUUGAACCAAAGAGUGAUGUUCCCUUCUCAAAUUCUCAUCAUUAAAAGCAAAGAUUAGUUAGAAAGGCGAAGCAGGAACAUAUCAGAGACCUGUAAUCCUCAAAGAUUUAAGGCAGCAUUUAAAACUGCGUGUCCAAGAAUUCCGCUGUUUCCAGCCAGACGGGGUUGAAAUGACCUUAAACCACAAAGUAAUGGCCAAACUCAUCUCUGUGAUUCUGGCUCUCACUGCUGGGAACAUGAGCCUGCCUUAGUCUGCCUCUCAGAGGAGACGGCCAACGACAGUCCUCCUUAAUUUGGCUUCUCUCAUCAGUUCAUUAUUCUGUGUCUAUUUGGCAUCUCUUGGUUGCUACAUGCAACUCAUAUUUCCUGUUUAUUUAUUUUUUGUCCUCAGCACCAUACUGUUUUUUUUUUUUUUUGGUUUUUUUUCUGUUCUCAUUCUCCUCCUGUUGGAUGAUCGACCAAUGCGAAUCAAUGAUCUUUUAUUUUAGCAGCCGGUUUACUCAUGAUAGACCUCCAGUGUUUGGGAGUAGGAAUGUUACACAUCACCUGAGACUCUUAUGGGACUCGACAGAUUAAUAUAAAGUCUGGUUUCCCCACAAACAACCAAUCCUCUUCAAAUCCGACUUGUGUGGUGUUUCAUCUGAGGGCCAAAUUUUUUUAAAAUCAUACUGUAUCUGCUUCUGUAUGUGUGAGACAACGAUGAUAGGGACCCAGGACUACUGUUUUUCUCUGCUAAUGUCAUUAGCUACCAUAACUAUACAGUAUAUGCAUUGUUUUAUAAAGAUAAAAAAAAACUGUACAGGGCAGUUUCGGUAUAUAAUAUUUCAGAUUUUUUGUUAUCUCUUUAAAUAUUCUUAUUAACAGAAGAUGUAAGAAAGUCAGUGCAUGAUGAUGAUUCCUCCCCUGCGCAGUGUUUCCCCUUCGAACUGUAAAUUAUUUUUUGUCUUUGCUUCUGGCAAAUAUUUCAGGGUUGUUUUUAUUUCCUAUGUUGGAGUUAUAUGCUUCAAAAGAUCUAAAAAAAUUAUUUUUAAUUGGUUGGCAGAAGAGAAGCAUUGACUGCCAUCCAGCUCCCCUUAAGAUGGCUACAACGGGCUUCGAAUAAGAUUGUAAUAAUAAUAUUGAUGAUGAUAAUAAUAAUAAUAAUAAUGGUGGGUUUUUUUUGUAAAUGGUAUUUUAGAAGUUAUUUUUGUAUACACGGUUGUUUGUUGCGUCACAAGUGUACUGCUCCCCAGCCAAACUCCCUCUUCUCACAUGCUUUCUCCGCCUCUUCGUCAUUUCCUUUUUUUUUUUUUCACUUUUUGAUUUAUGUUUUUCUGUCUCAGCUCUUUGAUGUAGAACAUGCAACAGAGACAGAUCUCCUGUCCUGGACGAGGAGCAUCUCGCUCUUUUACGCUUCGCUCAGACUUUCCCUUUGCUGUUUCCUCUCUUUCACCCCCCCUCCCACCGUCCUCUCUGCUCUUCUAAUUUUAAAUGUCUGUCGCUUUCAACAUGCCUCUUUGUGCCAUCAGAUCAAUUCACUCGAGCAAUGCAUCUCUAACUAGUCAGUGGGUCAACUUAACGAAAUACGCUGAAUAAAACUGACGAAUAGACAUUCUGAGAGAAAACGUUCUUUGAAACGUUUUUUCCAACUCUCCAUUUUUUUUCUGUUAACGACCACCUGCCCCUCUAGCUACCUGACCCUUUCACAUGCACACUAGCCUUGAUCUCAGAAAAGAGCCCACCUGUGCCUUUAAGUGAGAGCCUGCCC